AUGGCGCCUCCUACCAAGGAAGAACUUGACUCUCUGGCCGUCGUAGAUCCCGAGAUCGAUGCAAUCGUCAAAUCCGGGAAAUUCCCCAAGCUCGACUACUCAUCGCCAGACGCAAUCCAUCAAUUACGAGCCAUGGAGGCGAUGUUCCCACCACCUCCGGCCAUUCCAGAAGUCAUCGAGUCGAACCUCAAGUUUACUGCCCGUGAUGGCAGCGAGCUCAAUCUAUUCGUCUUCAGUGCAUCAGCCCCAACCGCGAAACCGAAGCCGCUGGUCAUCUUCUACCACGGAGGUGGUGGUGUCAUGGGCAACGCGUACUCUGUUGCUGGUCUCGCUCGCGAUCUGGUGUUGGCACACGACUGUGUAGUCGUAAGCCCCCAGUACCGCCUUGCGCCCGAGCACGCUUUCCCUACCGGCGUGACCGAUGCCCUUGACGCAUUCCAACACGUAUCCACGAAGGCAUCGUCUUUCGGCGCCGACCUCUCUGCCGGCCUGAUCAUCGGCGGCGUUAGCCAGGGCGCGCGUCUAGCUGCAGUCAUCGCACUCCAGGCCAAAGACUCGACCACCACGCCGAAGAUCACAGGUAUAUACUUUUCGGCCGGCUCAUUCAUCCCCUCCAAAGAAACCGUGCCGGACAAGUACAAGGAGUCGUAUGUGUCGCGAACUGACGAGCGUUGUCUGACGGCACCCCUUCUUGGCGAAGACAUGAAGGCUCUCUUCGACAGAGAGUAUGCGCCGGACGUGAGCUCGCCGAUCCAUGCCGCGUUCAACACACAACCCAUGUCCAAGCAUGCGGGCAUCGCGCCGAAAGUGUAUUUCCAGAUCUGCGGUAUGGACAUGCUCCGGGAUGACUCGUUCAUUUAUGCUGCCAUCUUGGAGGACUUGGGCGUCCAGACUCGUGUGGACGUUUAUCCUGGCACACCGCACACUUUCUGGAGCUUGUUCCCCAUCAAACAGGCACAGACGUGGAAGGCUGAUAAAACCAGAGGUGUGGGCUGGUUACUUGGGAGGGAGACCUAG